AUGGCGUCCCUGGGAGAAAAACGGCCCCUGCAUGGCUCCUCAGCAUCUGCCGAGGACACUUCAGACCCUCAGUUGACCGAGACAAGAGCUCCGCAACCGGUGCCGCGCAUCGCCUCGCAAAGGUCAUCAUGGGAUGCUACUACACAUGGACAACCUGGCCGUCCCUCGACCACCCAGGCCUCGCGCACGAGAGAAGAAGAUGCCGACCCCGCAUUGACCGAGAUCAUCGCCCCCCAACCCAUCUCGAGGACGUCAUCUCAACGGCAACAAUGGUACGCCGGGGCUCCCGACUCGGCCAAGGAGUCCGCGCCGGCGCCAGCCCAAUCGCUGUCGGCACGCGCCACUCAGCUCUAUACGCUCUCCUACCUCAUCUUCUUCUCCAUCUUGGGGACUCUUGCGCGUCUGGGCCUACAGUCGCUCACUGUUUACGUGGGCGCUCCCGUCGUCACGGGGGUCCUCUGGGCCAAUGUGACCGGUAGCUUGAUCAUGGGUUUUCUGAUCGAAGAUAAAAACCUCUUCCAGCAAGAAUGGGGUAACCCUUCGUCCUCCUCGCCUUCUUCAGCGUCUCACAGAUCCCGAACGGACCAUGAAGCGGCUCAACGCGCCAAGUCCCACAAAGCCGUGAAAAAGACUAUUCCUCUAUACAUUGGUCUCACCACCGGCUUUUGCGGCUGCUGUACCUCUUUCUCGAGCUUUUUGCGCGACGUGUUCCUGGCGCUGGCCAACGAGCUUCCGGAUCCAUCGCUACCCGCGGGCGUGGGCAUCGCCCCACGCAAUGGCGGGUAUAGUCUCAUGGCUCUGGUGGCGGUGAUCCUGCUCACCGUGUCGUUGAGCCUGUCGGCACUGAUCGUGGGCGCGCAUCUCGCUGUGGGCUUGACCCGUGUCACCCCUACGAUGCCCUUCACCUGGACUCGUCGGGUGGUGGACCGGGUGAUGGUCCCGCUGGCCGGGGGGUGUUGGCUAGGUGCGGUGAUCUUGGCCAUCUGGCCGCCAGACCGACAGGGCGCGGAUACGUGGCGGGGUCAGGCGGUGUUUGCCGUGGUGUUUGCACCGAUAGGCUGUCUGGGUCGAUUCUACGUGUCCCAGUGGUUGAAUGGUCGGGUCCCGUGGUUUCCCUUGGGGACAUUUACAGUGAACAUGCUCGGGGUGGCGGUGGAAGGGCUCUGCUACGAUCUGCAACAUGUUUCCGGGCUGGGCGCGGUGGUGCCGGCGGCGAUGACGGGGUGUCAGGUGUUGCAGGGGGUGAUGGAUGGAUUCUGUGGGAGUCUGACGACGCGACCAGGGAUCAUCUACCAGAAUCGUCCGAUCAUCACAAAAGAUCUUCUCUCCCCCAAGGCCCAUCACCUUCCACUCCCACACCCGACCCCUGCGGAACCCGAUACAAUCCCCUCGUCUCCAGUCCAACUCGCCGUCCCAAACCUCCUCCUGCUCCCGAAAGGACCUCUGGCUCUCGCACCGCACGGUUCUUCAAAGCUUUCCGACGAGCCAGAUCUUCAGCGUGAUUGCGAGCUUGAAUUCCUAAAAGUAUCAUCAGACGUGCAUCAAAAACGAAAAGAAAUCCACUUACGACGCCAAAUCACCGAAUACAUCGCCAUCGUCAUCAGACAGGCUCCGACAAAGGCGAUCAUGAUCCCAAUCUCCCGGCCCACGGAGGGCAAGACGAUAGGAUCGGGAUAUCGAGUCAUGCUGGAGAAUGAUGGCGCUGUGCUUUCUUGCCCGAUAUGUGGUACUCCGAUCAACAAGGAGAAGAUGAAUGAUAGAGUAGGAGAUACUAUAACAUAUAUCCUCAGUUACUCCCGUCUUUGGUAA